CUUGCCGCCCCACCACCACCCCAAAAACCAGCCAACAGCAUAACCUUAUUAAGAGAAAAUGGUUACCAAGUAGUUCUCCAAUACCAAAGCUCUAAGCUCAAUUCGAUUAUGAUAGGAAAUAAGGGAAUUGAAAAGGGUGACUUUGAUGGAUUUGCCUUGGAUAUGAGUACUGAGGAGGAGGAGGAGGAGGAGGAGGAGGAGGACGGGGAGGAGGUAGAAGAAGAUGAAGAUGAAGGUGAUGAUGGUGAAUUAGAAGAACAGGAGAACGAUAAUUCAGUAGGUAGAAUUGAAGCUGAUGUUGCUACUGAUGGUUCUGGAGUUCGAUUUUAUCAACAAUUUGAUCAUGUUGAAUAUGAGGCUCUUGCUGCAAAAAAGCGUAAAGGACUUGGUGAUUGUGAGGGUGCAGGGUCUGGGAAGAAGGCUAGGCAAGAAGAUAUAUCUGGAGCUAGCAUGGAUGAAAUAAUGGAGGCCAUGAAUUACGGUAUCAAGAGAAAGUCACGAAAGCUUAAGAAAAGAGGUAGGAGGAAAGGAUCAAAAAAUAAGCUCAGCCCUAAAAUUACAAAGAUGCUGGGUGAUGCUACUGUUCUCUAUGCACAUGGCCGCUAUGAAGAGGCCAUAUCUGUUCUGAAUGAAGUUGUUAGGCUGGCACCGCAUGUACCAGAUUCAUACCAUACACUUGGACUUGUCCAUAUCGCACUUGGUAAUACUGAAAAAGCAAUGGGAUUUUAUACAAUUGCAGCGCGCCUUAUGCCGAAAGAUUCACCUUUGUGGAGAGUGCUUUUUGACUGGCACAAUGAACGAGGAGAUGUAGCUAGAGCCAGGUUAUGCCUUUCUAAAGCUAUAAGGGCAGAUCCUAAUGACAUUGCACUUAGAGUUCUUCAUGCAUCUCUUUAUGCUAAGCUUGGAGAUUGCCAAAGAGCUGCUGAGUCUUAUGAACAAAUAUCACGAGUUUGUCCUGAAGAUGUUGAAGUGCUGAAGAUAUCUGCAAAGUUGUAUGCUGAAUGUGGUCAGACAGAACGAAGUAUCAGCAUUUUGGAGAACUAUCUUAAGGGUCAUCCAUCUGGAGCUGAUUUUGGUGUUAUUGAUUUGCUUGCUGCUGUACUCAUGGAAACUAAUGCACAUAAUAAUGCUCUUAAACAUAUUGAGCAUGCUCACCAGGUUUACUAUUCAGGAAAGGAAAUGCCUCUACAAUUGAAAAUCAAAGCAGGAAUCUGCCAUGUUCAUCUUGGAAAUAUUGAGAAGUCAGAGAUUAUUUUCAGUGAUCUUGAAUCAGAGAGUGACCCUAAUCAUGCUGGGUUGAUUACGGAUGUAGCUGAUGCAUUUAUGAGUCUUGGGCACUUUCAUGCUGCGUUGAAAUAUUAUCUCAUGUUGGAGUCAAAUGCUGGGAUAGAAAGUGAGGGCUAUAUACAGUUGAAAAUUGCUCAGUGUUACUUAUCCUUGAAAGAUAGAGUGAAAGCAGUUACGUUCUUCUAUAAAGAAGUAAGCCAUAUCAAAUAAGCAACUGCAACAAAU